ACCUGAGAGCCGAGGGCGCGCCGCUCGCGGGGGCUGGGGGCGCGAGGGGAGGUGCCGCGAGGUGGUUCUCGGCUGCUCCUCAGGUUUCCUCUCCCGCCCGUCGGCCGGCUGCUGGCUGCCGCGCCGCCUCCCUCCCUAGCUCCCUCCCCUCCGCAGCUGGGCCCACUCUGCGGCCUCGGCCCGCCUCGCCCCCGCCCCGGCCUCCUCCCGCUUUCUCUCUCCGCUUCCCCUCGAGCUUCCGAGGAGUCCGCAGCCGCGGGGCGCCCGGGAAGAUGGCGGCGGCGGCGGCUGGAGACGGCGGCGGCGAGGGGGGCGCGGGCCUGGGCUGCGCGGCGGGGCCGGGGGCGCGCGAGGGCUCCGUGGACCCCGCGCCCGCGGGGCUGCACCCGGAGGAGGUCGCCGCGAGGCUGCAGCGGAUGCGGCGGGAGCUGAGCAACCGCAGGAAGAUCUUGGUGAAAAACCUGCCCCAGGACAGCAGCUGCCAGGAAGUUCAUGAUUUGUUAAAAGAUUAUGAGUUAAAGUAUUGUUACGUGGACAGAAAUAAACGAACAGCUUUUGUUACCUUAUUGAAUGGAGAACAAGCCCAGAGUGCAAUUCAGAUGUUUCAUCAAUAUUCUUUUCGAGGCAAAGACUUGAUAGUUCAACUCCAGCCCACCGAUGCUUUGCUGUGUAUUACCAACCUGCCCAUUUCUUUCACGUUAGAAGAGUUUGAAGAACUUGUUCGUACUUACGGAAAUAUUGAGAGAUGUUUUCUGGUCUACAGUGAAGUUACUGGCCAUUCCAAAGGCUAUGGAUUUGUGGAAUACAUGAAAAAGGACUUUGCUGCAAAGGCUAGAUUGGAACUAUUGGGUAAACAGUUGGGAGCAUCAGCACUCUUUGCACAAUGGAUGGAUGUUAAUCUAUUGGCCUCAGAGCUCAUUCAUUCUAAGUGCCUUUGUAUAGAUAAACUCCCUAGUGACUACAGGGAUUCAGAAGAGCUAUUGCAAUUUUUUUCCAGUAUCCACAAGCCUGUGUUUUGCCAGCUUGCACAGGAUGAAGGUAGUUACGUUGGCGGCUUUGCAGUGGUUGAGUAUCACACUGCAGAGCAUGCUGAAGAGGUUCAGCAAGCAGCAGAUGGCAUGACCGUCAAGGGAAGCAAAGUCCAGGUUUCCUUCUGUGCCCCAGGAGCACCUGGACGAAGUACAUUAGCAGCAUUGAUAGCGGCUCAACGUGUGAUGCACAGUAAUCAAAAGGGAUUACUUCCAGAACCAAAUCCAGUACAAAUUAUGAAAAGUUUAAACAACCCCGCCAUGUUGCAAGUUCUUCUACAACCCCAGCUACAACGAGCUGUCAAACCAGCAGUGCUUGGAACCCCUCACAGCUUGCCUCAUCUGAUGAACUCACCCAUCUCCCCUGCAUUUCUACACUUGAAUAAAGCACACCAGAGCUCAGUUAUGGGUAAUACUUCUAACUUAUUCCUUCAGAAUCUUUCUCAUGUACCCCUGACACAGCAACAGUUAAUGAAGUCUGAGACUAUCCAUACUAAUAAUAAACCUGGCUUACUUGGAGAACCCCCAGCUAUGGUACUUCAAACUGCACUUGGAAUAGGAGCAGCGCUUCCCUUGAAAACGGAGUUGGGACAUCAUGGAGAAGCCCAUAAAACAUCUAAUCUGAUGCCAACUCAAACAACCAUCACAGCUGGAAUGGGCAUGUUGCCUUUCUUCCCAAAUCAGCACACUGUUGGACAAGCUGGGUCAGGGUUGGGGAAUACUCAGGAGAAACAGACCGCUUCCGUGGGAAUAGCAGAAGGAAAUUUCUCAGGGUCACAGCCUUACCUUCAGAGCUUUCCAAAUCUUGCUGUUGGAGGCUUGUUGACGGGACACCAUAAGCAGCAACAGAGUCAGCCAAAAGGCCCGGAGGCUGCCUCUAAGAAUCAGACUUCACUCUUGGGAGAACCACCAAAAGAAAUCAGACUCAGUAAAAAUCCGUAUUUGAAUCUGGCAAGUGUGUUGCCCAGUAUGUGCUUAUCAUCUGCUGCAAGUAAAACCACUCUACAUAAGACUGGAAUUUCAAGCAACAUUCUGGAUGCAAUCUCUCAGGGAAAUGAAUCGCAGCAUAUGUUGGAGAAGUGCAUUGCUUAUUCUCCGCCCUUUGGUGAUUAUGCACAGGUGUCCUCUUUAAGAAAUGAAAAGCGAGGCUCAUCCUAUCUCAUCUCUGCUCCAGAAGGUGGCGCAGUAGAAUUAGUUGACCAGCAUUCUCAGGGCACAGGAGCAUACUACAUGGAAACCUACUUAAAAAAGAAGCGAGUAUACUAAGUUUUCUCCUUACAGCCUCCUGAGAUUCUCUGCAGUAUCUCUGCUGUUCAUCGCUGCCUUAACUUCAUUCAAACUAGCCAUAUCCUAUAAAUACGGGUUCAUUAUUUCCCAGAAGGAACUGUGUUGUGCAGCAGGCAGAAUUGCCAAAUAAAAAAUGGUAGCAAUAAGAAGAGACAUCAAUUGAGGACAUUUUCCACUAGAAUUAAAUACUUCUUAAUCAACGUGAUAUUAACUUACUGUCCAUUGGAGAAACUAAUCAUGUUUCAACGUUCCUUGUUUGAGGAAUGGGAAUAAUUUUCACAUCACAUAUAAAAGUCUGAAGCAAUAAAUGGGAAACAAUCUUGUUUCCUUAGCCUUAGAAUGAAUUUCUUAUAAACCAAUGUGCAUUUUAAUUUACUUCCCCUAGAAGUAAUCUCAUUUAUAGAUUUUUAGGACUUUUCCUAGAACUACAAGGGUGCAAGUACCAAACGUGCUGAUGGCCAUGCUAUAAAGACGCUCUUUAUGCAAAUUUCAUUAUCACCCCCACACCAGCCAUGCACUAUUAAACCCAACAACAGAAUGAUAAUGAAGUCCAAGGCAUACAAUACUGCAGAUGCUUGACUUUUAACGUGUUGUUACUAUUUAUACCUUUUGUAAAAAACAGAAGAUAGCUUAGAUUAAAAAAAACUUUGGUGACCUAACACAGGGGUUAGCAAACUACCCUAGGACCAGAUUCAGUCCACCACCUAUCCUUGUGCUGUCUGCAAGGUUAAGAAUGACAUUUUACAUUUUUAAGUGUUUGAAGGCGGGGGGAUGAAAACUUGCUACAUGAAAUUCAAUUAUCAGUGUCUACAAAAUUUUAUUGGACCACAGCCAUACUCACUCAUUCACGUAUCAUCUGUAGCUACUUUUGUUACCUUGGUAGAACUGAGUAGCUUCAACAGAAACCAUAUAGCCUGCAAAGCCUAAAACAUUUACUAUCAGGCCCUUCACAGUGUUUCUGGCACUGACCCAAUGGCACUAAUUCCCCAUUCCUUUUAUUUCGCCUAAAGAAAGAGGUUUAACCUAUGAGAUAGACUUAUAAGUGGCAAGAACAUAGGUUUCUGUGUCUCAUUUCAUAGCAUAGACUAGUGAUGAUCUAAUUACUAGACAGGGUCAUUUUUGUCAUCAAAUGCUCUAUAUUUCCACAAUAGAGUAAAGCAGUCAAUGCUACACUCUGAAAGUCUUAUGGGGACAUAGUAUUUAUAACCAUUUGAGCUAAUAAGCUAUACCUCACUCUCCGGUGUGUCUCUCAUUCUUUGGUAGUAUAUUAUGCUGAAAAAUAUGAGCGAUUUUACCAACUUUACUUCUGAAAAGAAUUUUUGUCUUUAUUAAUGUGACUUUUGACAUCACCAUUUUCUGAAGACUGUGGUAUUAAAUGCAUGAGAAACCUUUUGCCAUUUAGAAAUUUCUAAGUCUGUUCAUUGUUAUGACUAUAACUGAUUGAAUUUGAGAUCUCAAGGAUCUUAGUCUUUCAGAUCAUAUCCUUAAAAUAUGUCUUUUGAAGAACUUGUUUUUGACUAAGAUAUAGAUAUCUUGCUUUAAUUAUAAAGUCUAGAACUGGUUCAUAUGUUGUAUGCUUUGUAAAGAAUUUUACUUGGUCUAAUUUAUUGCAUUCACUAGCUUCUGCUGGAAAAUUAUGGCUGGAAAGUUAAACUAAGACAGUUUCUAAGAAAUAUACUACCUAUAAAUCACAAUCAGGAUUACAUCAGUUAUGUGGCAGAUGACUAAUGGCAUCUCCAUGUCCUGUACGUCUCCUUCUGAUUUUCCUGUUGUAUUUUGCCUCUUCAGCGCUUAGUCACACUUCUAUUGAAGUUAAGAACAGAAGACAGGGAAGAUGGUGAAUUUUACAUGAGUAACAAAGAGAGAAGAGGCACAGAUUGGAAGAACUAAAAAAUGUUUUGGCUCACAGCACAUGUAGAUUUUCCAUCCAUACUGGCCUGUGGCCCGUUUUCAUCAGACAUAACAGAAGUGCAGCUCAAGUGGUGUUAGUACUAAGUCAUUACCAACCCUCCCCUCAGAAUCUAUACUGUUAUUUUUCUAUGUAAGUGAAUUGUUUGAAAUGCUUCAAAAAUGAAAAUAUUAAAACGCAUAUGCAUGUAAAGUCUUUAGUACAUUUAUUUGUAUAAAGAGUAAACAAAGUGCAUACAGAGCGGCCACAGGUUUGACACAGAGAUACAGGGCAACUGAACAAAUUUAAAUGUCAAGUUUAUUGUUGCCACUAAAGCUAUCCUGAACUUUCUUUGGGCUCAAAAGAUGAAAAGUAAGAUACUGAAGAAUACUAGACAUCACUAACAGAAAAGUUUUUCAGACUCUUGGUCGUAAAGAACUUUAUGUUUCACAUUAAAUCAGACACUAACAUUUUUAAUUACCCAGCUACCUCCAAGCAAACUGAAAACCAUCUAAAUGUAUCCUGAACUCCAGAGUGCCUUUAGAUGGGUCUUUUCUUUCAAGUUUUGCACCAUAAGAUGAUGGUCACAAUAGUGAUUGACCCUUGUAGAUGGGUGGUAAGUAUUGAAACACUCUUAAGAACAGUGCAAUGUAUGUGGUAUACAUUCUGUUCAUAUACAGCAUCCAAAACCAAUGCUGGAACAGCUUGCCCCAAAGUGGUAGAGUUAUAAAAGGAUAUGCGCUGAUGUUUCUUAAAAGCAUGUCUAAUAGCAUCCAGGUUUGCAAAGUCUGUCUGAUAAAAGUUGACUGCUUAGGAAAGCACUGGCCCAGGCUUAGUUCUCAAGAAAUAAUAACAUGCAGCAGAGUAUCUAUUUCCACGCUGGCUCCUGUGCAGAACCAGGUUGCUCAACAAUGGGUACCCAGUAGUCAAUCAAGGGACCAGCAACUGAGUCACUGAAAAAACAGCUUGAUAUUUCAGUCUUACUGAUGACAGGAAUACCUACUCUUUUUUUUUUUUUUGGUAAGGAAAUGAUAGUAUACUAACUGGUAUCUACUAUUUUAAGACUGCUUGGUCUAUCACUGUCUAGAUAUUGAAAUCUGAGGGUAUGUUAAGAGUAUCACCUAAGUCCAUCAAUUUUUGUCUAAGAUUAAUGUGCCAGAAAAACAUUUCAGAUCAGCUGGCAGCUGGGAACAGCAAUCAUCUUGAGACAUCACUUUGGUCAGUUCCUCUUAUUUUCACAAAUCCCAUUUUGGUAUGUAAUUAUGACAGUAAAUUAGCUAGAUGAAACAGUGAGUGGGACAUUCUUUCCAAAGGGAGGAGUGCUUAAGUGCUUUCUAGGUAUCUUUGUUGUCAUUUGUCACUAAGUUUGAGAGAGGCUGAAUUGAAAAGAAGUUUUUAUCCAUGCUGAGCACCACAGUGUGCUGUACACAUGUGCACGUGCUCAAGGACUUGCUGACUAUAUUUUGUUAGAACACAAACUUUUUCCAUAAAAAAUUUUUUAAAAAAUGGCUUGGAUAUUUGUUGGGGGAGGAUUACUUUAUCAACAAACAGUGGAAUUUAGAUGAUAUUCAUGCUUCGUAUUUUAAAAGUGCUUCAAAUCCUUCAAUAAGGCUCUGAAAGGUUGUCCGAUUGGAUGGUUGUAAUUCCCAGCAUUUUCUCAUAAGUUGAUAAACCUAUAAAAAGUAAAAACAAGAACUGUAGUCAUAGUAAAAAUAUUGUUAUGUUUGGAAGCUUUUCAAAAAAAUUAUAGAAAUAUCAAGUGUAAGGAAAUAAUUUUGGAACUAUAAGGUAAUUAUUUUCUUAAGAGUAAAAAAAUUUCAAUUAUUUAAAAUAUAGGAAAUCUUCAUAACUGCAGUUCAUAAAUGGUACUAACAUUUGAGAAGCUCAUGGCUGACUGCCCUUCAGCAGAGUCCAUGUCACUACCAACCCUUAUGUUUAGACUCCGUCUUGCCACUGGCCACCUCACUCUUGGACGUAUUCUAUCCAGUGUAUCUAAGUGGUAAGGAGUUGAGACUGAAAGCCUCAAUUAAUUUUAGAGUAUUAAAAAAGAAUAAACAUUAUAAAUGCUGUUAUUAAGUGGGAUAAAAUUACACACAAAAGUACAAUUAUAUAUAUUUUUCAUAAUAAGGCUACACCAAAACUUCCUUGGGGGGGUGUGUGUGGACAAGCAUGGAAAGGAGCCUCUUUCUGGAGAGAGUACUUGCAUUGAACAUUACUAUCAUCCACACCAAAGAUGAUUCCUUAGAUGUCUCAGACUCAGAAAACUAUUUUACAGGUGGUUUCUACUCCAUCUCCUCACUCACUGCCCACCCCACUUCCUUGCUGGAUAUCUUGAGCUAUGGAAAGAUAAAUACCUUAUCAGGACAGUUAGGCGGGCAUGGUAAACGUUUUCCUUCUUUCAGUGUAUUCACAAGUCUUGUCACCGUCAUCUGGCCUUGAGUUGGGCCUAUCAUUUUCAGGAACAACUAUGUAAAAUAAAACCAAACAAAAUGUUUACUUUGCAUACACUCGUAUAAAAAUUAAGCAGAUUAAAGUACAACUUCUAGAAUUAACUGGAAAUUAAAGUAACAAUAAAAAUGUUUUUCUUCUUAAGCAAUGUUAAAUAAAAAUCCAAAAUCCUUACUAGCUCUCAACAGUUAAUCUGGAAUCAGUGUCUUAGAUUCUGCUAGCCAAGGAGGCUGUUUCAUGAAGAUGAUCUCAUUCAGAAAUUAACAAGGCACAAACUCUCACAGAUAAGACAGACCCUGGAAAGUCGGAUCAUCCAGUAUAACUUUGAGUUCCUUAUGAAACCCAAACUUGAGAGACUCACAGAUAAGUAACAAACCAAGUAAAAUAGAAAAGUGGACUUUUAUCUUUCCAAUAUAGUAUACUGACUUGACUCCAUUUAAAAGCAAAACUUACAAAGCACAGGCAUGGACAUAUUUUAGUUGGGUUCUGUAUUCAGAUGAAGAGAAAAGUUAAGACUUACAGCCAUUGGACUAGACUCUGAAUCACAGUAAGUAAGCAGCUCAUGCAGAGUCACUCCAAAAGACCAGACAUCAGAGGCAAUAUAAAAUUUACACUGAAUUAAACAUUCUGGAGCGUACC